AUGUCCUUUUCGAUAGAGUGGAAACCCCCAAUGGAGUGGAAACUGCCGGCAGAGUGGAAAUCCCCAGCAGAGUUGAGACUUCCAGCAGGUUGGAAACUUCCUGGCUGGAAGACCCUGGUGGUCCAUUUAAUAGCAGCCAGUAUCAGUCUCUAUCUCCUGGUUUCGUUAUCCUUCUCUACAGCUCCGAUCAGUCUUCCGAGCCAUAUCACGCCCGACGACCUCCACUCUUCAUCUUCCUUGAACUUGACUGGCACCCAUAGUCUCGGCAAUUCCAGCGCCGGUUUCAACGCCAGCACCAAAGCCAGUCCCGUGGCCAGUCCGAUAUCUAGCCCCAGUGCCAGCCCAAGUCCACUCAAGAGCCGCUACGCCAUUGGCACCUUUUUAGGCGCCCACUGGGAUAAGAAAGAGGGCGAUACCGACUAUUCAGAUUGGUAUUUCGUGGGAGCGCGGAUCCUAACCUACCAAUUCAUGCAUUCUCCCAUUACAAAGUUGAAGACCCCGAUUCCAUUCAUCAUCCUCGUGAGCAAGGACGUGUCAGAAAGCAAGCGCGAGCGACUCAGGCGCGACGGCGCAACCGUCGUCGAAGUCGAGCACAUCCAGCAUAACUUCUCCGACCAGAUCGGCAAGCCGAGCUGGAAAGAGACAUUCACCAAAAUGCGCCUAUUCGACCCGAAAGUCAUGCCCUAUGAGAAGGUCCUGAUGGUCGAUACUGACAUGGUCAUCACACGCCCCAUCGACAAUCUAUUCUUGGACCGCAACACCGCGCUCCAACCAUCGCGCCGAAAUGGAACAAAAGAACAAAAGUCAGCGCUCCUGUCGCACCACCGCAAAUUUCCGGCUUCCUAUGCCUACUGGACGGCGCCAGAAACAAUGGACUGGGACCAUCCAUUCCCCUUCACCAAUGAGGACGGGGCAAUCAAGGAGUUUAACAGCGCCUUGGCCAUGUAUACGCCCAACGAGGCUAUCUUUCAAUAUUACAUGGAUCUGAUCGCGAAGCCGGAUAGCUUCCCAUUCUGGGGCCUUCCAGACCAAAACUUGCUCAACUAUGCCCAUCGUUUGGAUGGGCCGCUGCCGUGGCAGCAGCUCGAACCCUCGUGGUAUAUCAACUGGGUUAACCCCAACGAUCUGGAGGGCGAGGUGGCUAUUUUCCACAUCAAGUACUGGAACAUGGAGUACCCUCAUCCCCUGGUUCGGGAAUAUGCCUUGAGUCGGAGAUGGGAAAUGGAGGGAUAUUGGCUGGCCAAGGAGGGCAAACCACACGCCAAAUGGGCCAGCAACAGUGUACUGGGUGAUAUAUAA